AUGAGCACUGCUGCACAGGAUCCGCUCCCGCUCUUGACCGACCUCCAUGUCGCCUACAUCCAGUCCCUCGACAAGAAGCGUACAGACCUCAGCUACUACUACACCGAGCACCUUCGCAUGAACGGCAUCUACUGGGGGCUCACCGCCCUCGCAAUCCUCAACCGCACCGACGCCCUCCCGCGCGACGACAUGCUCGCCUGGGUCCUCUCGUGCUGGGUCCCCGACGCGGGAGCGUUCGCCCCUCACCCGGGACACGAACCCCAUCUCCACUCGACCCUGAGCGCCAUCCAGAUCUUGGCCACCCACGACGCCCUCGACCGCGUCGACUCGGACCGCAUCGUCGCCUUCGUCCUCUCGCUCCAAGACCCCGUCCGCGGCUCGUUCGCCGGCGACCAGUGGGGCGAGCAAGACUCGCGCUUCUCGUACUGCGCCGUGUCGUGCCUGUCGCUCCUCGGCCGCCUCGACGCCCUCGACACGCACAAGACCGUCACCUUUAUCGAGCGCUGCAGGAACUUUGACGGCGGGUUCGGCAUGGUCGAGGGCGCAGAGAGCCACGCCGCGUACGUCUGGACCUGCGUCGGCGCCCUCGCCAUGCUCGACCGCCUCGACCUCGUCGACGCAGACACGCUCUGCUGGUGGUUGUGCGAGCGCCAGUUGCCCUGUGGCGGGCUCAACGGCCGGCCCGAGAAGCUCGAGGACGUCUGCUACAGCUGGUGGGCCAUCGCGAGCCUCGCCAUCCUCGGCCGCACUCACUGGAUUGACGGCGACAAGCUUGCGCACUUUAUCCUCUCGGCCCAGGACCCGGACAAGGGCGGCAUCGCCGACCGCCCCGACGACGUGCCCGACGUUUUCCACACCGUCUUUGGCCUCGCCGGCCUCUCCCUCCUCGACUAUCCAGGCCUGCAAGAGAUCGACCCGGUCUACUGCAUGCCGCGAGCUGUCACGAGGAGGGUCCUCGGCAAGUAA